ACGUCGCUGCUAACGUAGCUAAUAUUUGUUGCUCCGCGGUAGCCGUUAUCCGCUCAACCGCCGGUGGCGCUGGUUACAUACCAACGACUGGCUGACGGCUGCGCUCUUAGCCUGAGGGCCGGAACUCCUCCUCUCGCUAAUACCGGCGUUUCGGCUGACCCUCGGCCAAUCCCUCCCUUCUCUCCAAGCCGCCGAGCCUUGGGGAGAUGGAGCCCUUGGCCUCCCCGCUUGCUGCCCGCUCCUCCGCCUUGCUCCGCCGCCGGCCCAUCCCCGCCCUUCCCCGCCGCCGCCUCAUCUCUGCCGCCCCCCUCCGCCCUCCUCCUCAGCCCUCCGCGGCGUACCCUCCCUCCAUCCGCCACCGCCGCCGUCGCCGCCCGAAACCCUCACUUUUCCCCGCCCGCUCCUCCUCGUCCCAAUCCGAUUCUCCAAAUCCCGCCUCCUCUCCUCUUCCGCUGCCGCCUCCGCGUGAGGGCGCGAAGCUUAUCCCCCUGGCAAUCUCCCUCGCCGUCGGUCUAGCCAUCUGGUUCCUCGUCCCCACACCCGCCGAGGUCACCCCGCAAGCGUGGCAGCUCCUCGCCAUCUUCCUGUCCACCAUCACCGGUUUCAUUCUCGGCCCGCUCCCAAUCGCGGCUUGGGCCUUCCUGGGCCUUACCGCCUCUGUCGCCACCAAGACCCUUACCUUCUCCGCAGCAUUCGAUGCGUUCGAGAACGAGGUGAUCUGGUUAAUCGUGAUAUCCUUCUUUUUCGCUAGGGGCUUCGUGAAGACUGGGCUCGGGGAUAGGAUUGCCACCUACUUCGUGAAGUGGCUCGGGAAGAGCACACUGGGGCUUUCGUAUGGGCUCACAUUCAGUGAGGCUUUUAUCGCCCCUGCAAUGCCCAGCACCACCGCAAGGGCCGGUGGGGUGUUCUUGCCAAUCAUCCAAUCGCUGUCUCUCUCCGCCGGGAGUGAGCCAGGAGAUCGGUCGGCCGGUAGACUUGGAUCCUAUCUGGUUAUGUCCCAGUUCCAGUCUUCCAGUAAUUCAAGCGCACUUUUCCUAACUGCUGCAGCUCAAAAUCUGUUAUGCCUUAAAUUAGCCGAAGAACUAGGGAUCCAUAUUGCAAGUCCAUGGUUGUCAUGGUUUGAGGCUGCAAGUUUACCUGCCAUAGCCUCUCUUCUGGUUACUCCAUAUAUUUUGUAUAAGAUCUUCCCUCCAGAAAUUAAGGAUACACCAGAGGCACCUGCUAUAGCAACAAAGAGACUGGAAGAAAUGGGACCUGCGACAAGGAAUGAGUGGGUGAUGAUCUGUACAAUGGUCUUUGCAGUUUCCUUAUGGGUCUUUGGGAAUUGUUUGUUUCAUAGAGAUGCUCUUGGCAUAUCAAGUGUUGUUGCAGCAAUGCUUGGCCUAUCCAUCCUUCUACUUUUUGGUGUUCUGAAUUGGGAUGAUUGUCUUAGUGAGAAGUCUGCAUGGGAUACCUUGGCUUGGUUUGCAGUACUGGUUGGAAUGGCUGAACAGCUUACAAAUCUUGGAAUUGUGACAUGGAUGUCAAAUUGUGUUGCGGAGUCUCUCCAGCAUUUCUCACUGAGCUGGCCUGCCGCCUUCUGCAUUCUUCAGGCAUCUUAUUUCUUCAUUCACUACCUAUUUGCAAGUCAGACUGCACAUGUUGGAGCCUUGUAUUCAGCAUUUCUUGCCAUGCACUUGGCAGCUGGUGUUCCUAGUGUAUUGGCAACACUUGCAUUGGCAUACAACACAAAUCUUUUUGGUGCAUUAACACAUUAUAGCAGUGGUCAGGCUGCUGUAUAUUUUGGAGUGGGUUACUUGGACCUUCCUGAUAUAUUUAGGCUGGGCUUUAUAACAGCUUUGAUCAAUGCUUUAAUAUGGGCUUCUGUUGGUACCUUUUGGUGGAAAUUUCUAGGGCUGUAUUGAAGCUGAUGGUGGUGUAAGUUGAGAGAAGUCUUCCAUUAAUGAUACUUAAAGAUCCUCAAGCUUAUUCUGGAACCAUUCUUAAUUUCCUAGUUUCUGCUAAAGAAGACUUUCAGAUGAAUUACAGAUGCAGUUACAAGUUUACAAAUUCUUGGGAUGCAGCUAAUGUUUCCAUCUAAGAUUAAGGGGAAAUGUAUUUUUACCCUGUAUCUUAAAGCAGGUGCUUUAAAUGUCAUACAUAAAAAAAUUCACAUGGUCGAUUCUCCUAUUUGUUCAUCAUGAUAAAUUGGAUUCGUCCAUUGUGUUAAAGAACAAAUCCACCAGCAGACACUGGAAGAUAGAUCUGUGCUGUUUUUAUUUUGGUACUUUUAUCUUUGUGCAAUAUCUGACAGAAACCUGGCAUUUUAUAACAUCAUGGUUUCAUUUUGAUAUUCAA